AUGGCCACAGGGACAUUCCACGAGCCCAAGCUGCCGGGACUCGCUGGGAUCGAGGGUUUUGAACGUCCUCACUUCCACAGUGGACGGUGGAAUUACGACAUCACCGGUGGAGACAGCAGCGGCAACCUGAACAAACUAGCAGACAAAACGGUGGGCGUCAUCGGCACGGGUUCGUCGGCGGUGCAAUUCAUCCCGUACCUCGCCCACAGCGCCAAGAAGCUAUACGUCUUCCAGCGAACGCCGUCGUCCGUCACCCCGCGAGCGAAGUUCCAGGUCGACCCAGCCGCCGUCGCAUCGCGGGAGCCGGGCUGGCAAAGGGCCCAGAUGCGUCAGUUCGCCGACAUCAUGCAGGGCGAUGACACGUCCGACCAGCGCUUUACGGCCGCCGAGGGCUUUGACAGCCUCACCAUGCAGGCCAUCCUGAUCGAGGGCCGCCAGGCCGGCAUCACCGAGAUACCCGCAGAGCAGGUCCCCGAGUUGCUCCAGCUCGCCGAUCUCCGGCUGAUGGAGCGCCUGCGGAAGCUGGUCGCCGACACCGUGGUCGACCCGACCACGGCGGCGCAACUCCAGCCGUGGUAUCCCUUCUUCUGCAAGCGGCCGGCCUUCAACAACGAGUAUUUGGCCGUCUUCAACCGGCCCAAUGUGGAGCUGGUCGACACGGAUGGGCGGGGCGUGUCGCACUUGACGCGGACGGGCGUGGUAGCCGGCGGGCGCGAGUACGACGUUGAUGUGCUCGUGUACGCGACCGGCUUCGAUUUCGAGAUCGGGGCGGACUUCUUCCGCCGAACGGGCAUCCACCUCAUCGGGGCGCGAGGCCAGACCCUCGAUCAGGCCUGGGCAACAGCCGGGGGGCCCUCCACCCUCUUCGGCAUCCACGCACGCGGCUUCCCCAACCUCUUCAUUAUCGGCCCUGCCCAGGCAGGCGUGGGCGCCAAUUGGACCCAUACCGCUUAUGUGGCCGGCGAGCACAUCGCCGAGGUCGUGGCAGCCAUGCUCACCGAGCCGAGCGCGUACCGCGUCCUCGAGCCGACGGCGGAGGCGGAGGAGGACUGGGGGAAGCAGGUUGAGGAGGGCAGUGCCAUGCGCUUGCUGUUUGCGCAGUCAUGCUCACCGGGCUACUUCAACCACGAGGGCGAGCCCGAGAAGAUCCCAAAACGGUGGGGGUACUACCCCAAGGGGCCGGUGGCGUGGGAGAAGCUCAUGAAGGAGUGGAGGGAGGAGGGGAGCAUGAAGGGGAUGGAGAGACGGUGA